AUGAAUACUUUUAUCCCUCGCAGCAGCACUCCGCCCUGGAGACGGGUGCCUAUAGUUUCGGUAUACCGAGCUCAAAUUAUUCAUUUCUAUACCUCAACCUAUCGGGACUUUCGCCAGAAAGAUACGUCAAGACUAUCAAAUAAUCAACUGGAAAGCAAUCUUGUUCCGGAAGAAGCAGUUGUUGAUGAAGAAGGAUCGAGUAAUGGCUCAACAGUUACAGCAAAAGCCCAGAUACAAGAAUCUGCUACAGCAGAAGCAUCCAUUGUUGAAAGCGCACCAACCGAAAUUAUCGAUAAGAUAUUGAACAAUCUUCUUGAACAAGAAUUCCCUGAUAUCUGCUCAGCCCUUUGUUUCGGCUUGACUUCCCGCAGAAAUUGGGCAAUACUUCGUAAUCUGGACCAUACAAGCUACCUCAAAGAACAUAUGGACCAGAUUCCCAGUAUUAUCGAUUUCAAAUACGACAAAAUCCCAUUGUUUAAUCCAUAUUAUGAGCAAGCUGGGUCAAACUCUGUCGAUGAGGAAAGUAUUACGGAUGAAUACACUUUAGCACCAGGUCUCUCUAACAGUCGUUACCCCAGUUGCAUGGAAGAUGAGAUAGUUGUCAAGCGGCGUCUUAAACCAUCUCAAAGGGAGCAACUCAUGCUAUUUAGGGAGUGGAUGGGCCCCAAAUAUCGUCCUCCAACUUCUUUGAUCAUCCCUUACUAUCUAUCUUGUGUUGUAUAUGGAGAAAGUAUCCAAGAAAAAAUUAUUGAGGAACGAUUUCGUCAAUUCAUAUAUUCUCAAGCAUUGGGGAGCAGGAUCCCACGCCCGUUUGGACUAGGUGAUGUAUGGAUGGCUGUAUUGGUGAUAUUCGGCUACUAG